AUCUUAUCAUCACACUCCAACAAAGACAAUUCAACAUUGUACACUCCAAAGUCUACAAUGGAGUCUACACCCCAAAACCUCCUGUGCUUCUUCUUCUUCUUCCUCCUCCACCGCACCACAGCCUCAUCACCGCCGCCUCUCUUCCCCAAACAAGCCCUCCCCACAAGGUCAGGCUACCUCCCAGUCAACCCCACGACAAACUCUGCCAUAUACUACACUUUCUAUGAAGCUCAAACCCCAAUCUCACCUCUCUCACAAACUCCACUCCUCAUUUGGCUCCAGGGUGGCCCCGGCUGCUCCUCCAUGAUCGGCAACUUCUUCGAGCUCGGUCCCUGGCGCGUCAACUUCCACAAGCACCCCUCCGAGCCCCUUGCCUUGGAGCCCAACUCUGGUUCUUGGAACCGCAUUUUCGGCUUGGUUUUUCUUGACAAUCCUAUAGGCACCGGAUUCAGCAUCGCUGCGAAGCCCGAAGAGAUACCAACUGAUCAGUUUGGAGUUGCAAAGCACUUGUUCGCUGCGAUCACCAAGUUUGUUGAGCUUGAUCCAGCUUUUAAGUCGAGGCGUAUUUACAUUACUGGGGAGAGCUAUGCAGGGAAGUAUGUUCCGGCUAUUGGUUACUACAUUUUGAAGAGGAAUGCCGAGUUAAGUGAGUCUAAGCGUGUGAAUUUGGGCGGUGUUGCUAUCGGAGAUGGGCUAACAGACCCGGUGAUUCAGGUGGCUACUCAUGCUGCGAAUACUUACUUCUCUGGUUUGAUCAAUGAGAGGCAGAAGAGUGAGCUGGAGGAGCUUCAAGUUGCGGCGGUGAGGUUGAUUAAGGCGAGGAAUUGGCGUGAGGCAACGAAUGGCCGAAACAGAGUUUUGAGGAGGUUGCAAAAUAUGACAGGGCUGGCUACUUUGUAUGACUACACAAAGAAUGCCGACUACGAAACCAGUUUGGUUGGGGAGUUGUUGAGCCAUAAGGAGGUGAAGAAGGCGUUGGGGGUGUCGAAUGUGUCCAUUGUUUUUGAGGAGUGUAGUGAUUUAGUGGGAGAUGUGUUGCACGCGGAUGUGAUGAAGAGUGUGAAAUACAUGGUGGAGUUUCUUGUGAAGAACAGCAAGGUGUUGCUGUAUCAAGGGCAGUAUGAUCUGCGAGACGGUGUGUUUUCCACCGAGGCUUGGGUGAAGACCAUGAAAUGGGAAGGGAUACAGAAGUUUCUGUCGGCAGAUCGGAAUGUGUGGAAGUUGGGUGGAGAAACUGCUGGUUAUGUUCAGAAAUGGGGGAGUUUGAGCCAAGUUGCGGUUUCAGGUGCUGGUCAUCUUUUGCCAACUGACCAGCCAUUGAGAGCUCAAGCAAUGAUUGAAGACUGGGUUUUGGAUAAAGGGUUGUUUGCCAAUGUUCAUGAGGCUAUAUAAUCUGUCAUCACUAUGUUCCUGAACAUAAGAGUUGUACCCUGUAAUGUUCAGUCAUUGUUUUAUCACUAUUAGAAUUUGGGGCAGUAUUCAGGUUAAGCUUACCUCAUAAUUAUUGAAUAAAUCAAUCAAGCCCUUUCUAUUUAUGAUGAUCAAUAACCUGUUACAUGAA